CUGGUUCAGAAGAGAGGACUCUUCAAGGGAACAAUUAUGGAAAUGUGAAUUCAGGAUACGAGUAUGACAAAACGAAUGGCCAGAACCACUCCACUGAAAUGGUAACAUUCAAGGGGACAAAUCCAGCGCAGACUCCUGGGAUUGCAAUCAACGACUCCAGUAUGACAAAGAAAGCGCAACCUGGUGAAGGGAUGUACGCUGAUCUUGGGGAAUUUUAUCAGAAGGCACCCGCCCCUCCAACCACACCGGUUAAAAUGCCUCCUGAAUACGAGACAACAGAAUAUGCAGAAAUAAGUCAAUUCCUUCGCGGACCAGUCAAGACAGAUGAAGAGAAGGAAGACGAAUCAAAUAAUGACGGAAACUCGUCCCCCGACAAAGAUUCAUCCCCUGACAAGGGCGAAGAUCCAUCACCUGAUAUGGGCGAUGCUGGUGACAGAAACAGUAGCGGACCGGUAGAAUUUCUCGUGGACAUUUAAUGGAAGAUGACAGUGUGAGCAAGAAAGACGAAGCCAGUUCUGGCUUGGCGGAUAAGCAGUUAACUCUUAAUAAACCGAUCUUUAGAGUAAUAUUCGUACACCUUAGAAACAAUUUUUAGAAUUUAAAAAUGUUCUUAAGUGGUUUAGCACGUUUGCAUAAUUUUUACUUUUUGCAGAAAUGAAAUGCAUUUUGUAACUUAAGUUAAGUCAUCAGUAACGUUAUUUCGAAGCAAUGAUAUAGAUAAAUGUUGGAUAAGAAGGCACAUUGUUUGUUAAAAGUGAGAAGUACUUGCCUUGAGUAGGAAUAACUUAAAACUAAUGAUUAGAAAUAAAAGGAAAAGAAAAAAAGGACGUGUUUGUCGAAGUAGCGAGAUAGAGUCGGGUCCUAGAUGGACAAACUGAACAAUUUGACUAUAAACCGCAACUAAAUCUACCGAGGUAGUAUCCAUAUACGAGGCAUCGUCUGAGAAACCUUUCUUGAGCAUACUGAGAUAUUUUCGUAGCCUGUGAGUAAGUAUUUUUCUAGGUUUAGAAUCUAAAGGCUUCUGUCGUAGUUUCGUUUCGCUCCUUGUGUUCUUUUUUUCCAAGUAAACAUCAAAUUACAUCUUUUUGCCAAAUUUUAGCACACGAAAAUAAUUCAAGAUUAGUGUUUGUAGAGUAACCACUCAACUGUACAGUGUGUGGUGAAGUUUGAGUUUUAACGAGCAAGCUCCUGUAUGUUGCAUUCCACUUCAUUCAUAACUUUAGUUCUCGCAAAUCGUUGUUUUUUUUUAUGUCUUAAACUUGAUGUUUUAUCUAGCGAUGAUAUAAGUGUUUUAAAUCUUGUGGGUCGAAUAAAAUCUUACCUGGUUAAUUUUCAUUGGCAGUCCAGGCCACUAAAAUUGUGGUCGUAAAAAUUUUGAGAUAAAAGUAGCUUGAACUGAUGGUAUAAUGUCAAAGGAAUAAUGCCACAACAAGAUAAGGUCUAGUUUUAACGAUAGCAAUACAGAAAUAGCUUAUUGCAUUUUAAUAGGAUAUUUAUAGCAUUCAUUUAAUGAGUGUCGUAGGUAUUAUUUAUUCAACUAGUCGCUAGGUGGUAAUCAUAAUUUAGAAGGGAACACGACAUAAUUUUUUUUCAUGUACGUAACAGUUAGAUUAUGAAAGCUCUCCAUUUCUAUAGCGUGAUAGUUGAUGAAGGAGAGGUCCAAAUCCAUUAUCGUGCAUAGUAAACGAUAUUGUUUUGGUAUCAAUGUACCAGUGGUUCAAACCUUAAUAACAAGUUAAGCUUAUGUUUUCAUUGUAAUUUGUUUGCAUUCGCGUACCAAAAGGCUUCGAACUGUACUCACUAUCUGUAUAUCAUUGAACAGAUAGCGAGUAUUGUAACCGAUCAGAUUGCAACAUUUGCGAUGAAACAGCAAUAGAUUUAUACUAAAAUGUUCAAAGUCGUAACCCUUUUUUAGCUGUAUAGUAUUUGUGCAUCGGCACGAUAACAUUUGUGUUAGUUAAAACAUAAUCAUAAUUAUGAUCAUAUAAUUAUAUUAUCCAUUUUUAGCAGUUUUCUCGGUGAAUGAUUUUUAAUCCUAAGAGGAAAUUAUUAAGAAACUUACUGGUCGACGAUUAAACAUCUUUACAGCGUGGUGUGUUAUCAAAAAAUAUAUCAGAACUAUUGUUAAUUCGUUAAACAUCGAAGUAAGUAUAUUUAGCUGAUUUUGUAUCAUUAAACUUGAGAUUCGUCAAUUAAUUAAAGCAGUUUAAAUGCA